AUGCCCGCGCAGCUGUUCGCGACGCAUGUGGCGGUUGGUGCCAGGGCGGGCGCGCCGGUGCCUCGGCGCGCGGCGGCGACGCAGCGCGCCUCGGCGCCGCAGCGGCGCGCGAGCCACGUCGCGCGGUUCCGCCGCAGCGAGUCCAUGCCGAAGCCGAACCCGACGAUCGGUCCCGCCGCGCUGGGGCCCACUUGCAAGACGCACCGCAUGAUUCUCGUGGCCGUCGACAACACGGAGGUCAGCGAGCGGGCUCUGCAGUGGUGCCUGGACAACAUGCACGUCGCGAACGGCACUAUUCGCCUCGUGCACCUUCUCCCUCCUUCUGUCUCCGUCACGGACGUCGGCGGGCUUGCCACGUACCACCCUGUGGUGAAGCCGGGCGUGGGCGACAGCGUCAUCGACCUCGCGGAAGAGUACCUCCUGACGAGCCACGAAGGGAUGAUCAACGAGGCGGGCGCCGCGCUCGAGGUCGAGGUCAUGCAGAGCAACCGCGACAUCCCGAACGUCCUCGUGGACCUGGCGGACAAGACGCACGCCACAGCGCUGGUGCUGGGCACGCACGGGCGCAAGGGCUUCCGGGAGAUGCUGUUGGGCAACGUGGCGAAGAAGGUGCUGGACCUGGGGUGCCAAACGCCCGUGGUGGUCGUGCACUGA